AUGGCCCGCAAGCGUCGCGCGUCUCCGUCGCCGCCGCCACCAGCACCAACGCCUCCACGGGAGGAGUCCUCCUCCGAGGAGGAGGAGGAAGAGGAGGAGGAAGCCGCCCCCGCAACCCAAAAGGCCCCACAAAACCCUAAACCCGCUUCCACCGCCGCAUCCGACGCCGAUUCAUCGGAUGGAGACGAGGAGGAGGAGUCCUCCGACGCAGAAAUUGGCGCCGAAGCCUACCAGCCGCGCCAGGUCGCCCGCUCCCCGGGCAAGCCGUCGGCUGCGGCUUCCAAACCCAGGUCCGACGCAGACGAGGAGGCGGCGGCGAGGAAACCCAAGGCCCAGGCCGGGAAGAAGAAGAAGAAGAGACAGGCCGCUGAGUCCCCUCCGUCUGGUAAGGCCAAGAAAGCCAAGACUGAUGUGGAGGAGAAGGCGGCGCCUGAGCCCGCUCUGCCGGGCAAGGCCAAGAAGAAGGCACGGGCGGACAAGGCGUCUUCUGAGCCCAAUCCCUCCAGCAGCAAGGGUAAGAAGCACAAGGCCCUAGCGGAACCGGAUGUGCCGGAUCACUCGCCGUCCUCCAAGCCUGCGUCAAGGCAACGCUGGACAACUGAGGACGAGAUCAAGGUGCUUGAGGCUCUUGCCAGCCACAUCAAGACCAAUGGCACCGAGCCUAGUGCUGCUGACCUUAUUGCUGCUGUCGGUGACAGCCUUGAAAGAAAGAACUGUAGCAAGUCGGAUGUGUAUGAGAAGGUUCGGAAGCUUAAGCGGCGACAUGAGGCUGCCACCAAGAAAGUAGCGAGUACAGGCACCCUGCCGGGUAAUGGCGAUGAGCUCCGCAAGUUCAAUCUCUCGGAGGCGGUCUGGGGAGAAAGGGCAAGCAAGGUUGCUGCAGCGCCAAUAUCUCAAAAUGAUGGUCCUUCCUCAAAGAGCAAGAAAGGGCGGACUAACAAAGAGAAAGCAGAUGGCCAUUCAAAGUUUGGUGGUACAGCAAAGGAAACCGCCAGUGCCGUGAAAGAAAAUGCCGGAACUCUGACUGGGAGUAGUAAGGGUCAGGCCACCAAAGAGAAGGUAGAUGGAGAUAUCAAGGGCAGUUUAUCAGAAAAGGCUACCACUGCUGAUACUCCUGUUAAGAGUAAGAAGCGGGGAAAUCAUAAGGAGGAACUGAAAGACCAUGCAAAAGCUGGCACUACAAAGGAGGCCACCAGUAGUGCUGCCACUCAAAACGGUACCACAUCGGUUAGGAGCAAGAGUGGAAAGUCUGACAAUAAGGAGAAAAGGAAUAGAGAUGCAGAGAGCCUCGGACCAAAGGAGGCCACAGCGGUCACUCAAAAUGGUGGCAGUCUUGCUCUGCUUCAAAAUGGGGAAACUCAUGAAGAGAAAAUGGACACGGAUCCUAAUGUGAAAAGCAUGCGCAAAGGGUUUGAGGAAUUGCAGAAUUUGUACCCAAACCUUACCUCUUAUGUGGAGAGCAUCCAGGCCCAGCAUCCAUGUGGGGAGACACUGAAAAGAGCAUUUGGGUUCAUUGCUGAGGACAAGGCUUGUGCUUUGGAAUCCAAGAUCAAGAAGCAAAGAGUAGCUGAGAUGAAGAUGGAGAAUCGCCGAGCUGACACCAAGAAGGAGGUGACCAACAUGCUCAUACGAUUGCUGGACUAAACCCUUUGGUGUUAUCAAACCAUUUAUGUGAUGAAGAAAACAUGAGAGGCUGAUAACGAAGUUGCUUUGGAAGACUGGACCAAGAUCAUUGAAGUUUGCUUUUGCUCUUGAUGCUUAUAAAGUGAUCAUUGCAAUCAUUCAGCGCCUUUUGAAGUGUAGUUAAAUUCUGACCUUGUAGUGGCUUAGACACUUUCGACAUGUGAAGUGCUCUCAAAUUCUUAGUUUAUGUUUACUUAAUCCCAUACUUAAUUUGUAGUUAUGCCUUGAGAUUGCGAUGCAUUAGUGUUGAUACAUGUUAAAUUAAAGUUAUGAAGCGUGGCAGUUUGACUUC